AGCUGGGAGGUGCAGAUUCCCAGGCAGGAAGGCUUCUAUAAACUCAGCCACAGUCCAGGUGUUUAUGCCCUUUUUCCAGUCACUCUGACCAACACUCUGAGGGACGCUGGGCACCCUGAGUCACCAUGGGCAACGGGAACAGCACCUCGGACCACCAGAGGACUUCUUCAGUUCAGAAUCCAAGAUCACUACAGCCACCUGAGAACAAUCAAUCUCUACAGAAGAAGCAAGGGGACUCGCCCGGAUCCGGUGCUGGGAGCACUGGGCUAGGAGGUUCCUGCUCUGCUUCUGAAAGUGUUGCCAGCCUGGAUCCGUGCACUGUGUCCCCAGAGGUGACUGAGCAAGGGGAGCACCCCCAGGAAGCCAGGGGCCCAGAAGGUUCUCUACUGCCCACAUCAUCUCUGCCUUGGGAACAGCCGUGCCCCUCAGCCUCCAUGCCCUUCACCGAGGGCCCCUCAGAAGGUUGCUUGGCAAGCUCAGAAGCAGAAGCACCUGAAGAUGCUACCUUCACAAAUCACCUUAGAAUGGGACCGUCCCCCAACAUCCCAGGGGAUACAUUACCAACAUUUACUUCUGAAGUAGAUGGCUCCACACAGCACUCAGUGGCUGCCAGAACCCUCAGUGCUGAAGGAGACAAAGAGCUGAAGGAAGAGGGACCAAGCUCAUCCUCCAGUUGUACUGGCCAAUUGCCAGGAAAUUCCCUAGUUCCUCUCCAGGAGCCAAGGACAAAGAUGCUGUAUGGAGAGGGUAAUGGGCCUCGUGAUUUUGAGUUUCAAAGGAAAGAGGAUAUAGACGACUGUUCCUCCCCAGAGUCAACCACUAAAGCCCUUGCUGCCAUUCAGCUGGGGAUGCAAAACUCAGCUGUCCUUGAGUCUCCCCCAAAACUUGAGACCAUGGUUCCACAAGAUUCAGUCCUAAGAUCAUCAGAGAGAGAAAGAGGCGGAGCGGAGGUGUCGCCUACAUAUUCGGCCAAGAACUUGCAAUUUCUUGGAGGCUGCCAUCCCUCUAAAAGCAACUCCAGAGCUAACCCUGGAGCAGGGACAAGCACUGCCUCCCAGGAAAGCUGCCAGCAGAAAAUGGAAAUGCAUCUGCCAUGUGCAGAGCUGCCCUCAGGCCCACUAGGUUUUACCACAGCACCAGCAGACAGUGGCUCCUGGAAAGAGACUCUGGAUAGCAGUGAUGCUCAGAGCCAGCCACAGACAGGGACAUCAGGAACUGACUCCCAGAAAGUUGUCUGUGUGGCAACAGCCAGCCAGCCAGAUGGGAGCUUGCUUCUGAGCGCUGAGGCCCUUCCAUUCACUAGAACAGAGGAAACGCAUACAGCUUCGAGUCUCACUACACAUCCAGCUGCUUGGAAUUCUGUUGUCUCAGAAGAAUCCACGGAGACAGUUUCUGAGACGAAGAUGUCAGUUUCUGCAGAUCUGGCCGCCACAGAACAGAUGGAUACAUGGGAGGCAGAACUGAAGCCAACAUCAGAUCUUAGAAGUACACAAGGAAAAUCUGAAGGUAACCACCAGAGGGUUCCUGUACCUUUCUUGCAGGGGCAAAAUGAUACAGUCCAACAAGGGAUGUUGCUGCCAACUUUCCCCCAUGGCGUUUCAAAUGAAAGUUCUAGAAGGUCAAUAGGACCAACUGAUGGUCCCAAGGCCCCCCAAAAUAUUGAAAAUACAGUUAUAGCUAGAAAGGAAAGCAGAUCACAUGGAGACAACCCUGAGGGACAGCAAGAAGCCACCAGAGCCCUUGCUGGUACAGAGGCUCGGAACCAUGACGAAGAGAAGUCUCAAGCCUUUCACGGCAAGCCCCAUCUGGAGACUGAGAAAGAUGAGGUUUCAAAGCCACACAGUGAUGAAGAGAACAAGUUCGUUCCCAGCUCAGACUCAACACGGCCACUUAGACAAGAGGUUGCUGGCCACAUGGAUGGGUCGCACUCUGGGUCAGCAGAGGUAGUGGGGCAGGUGGUUGCUGAAUCCCAUGUGACUGACACCACUACCUCACUGCACAAACUCCAUGAGGCAGAUCCCAUCCUGUCCUCAGCAUCGGGUGGGACUGGUGAUCACUUUCUUUCCCAAGAAGCCAUCUGGGAAAGUUCAAGAUUGCAGACCAAAAGCCCCAUCCUGCUUCAGGACAGGGGAGGACUGGAAGCAACAGAGUCACUUCCUGCUUCAGAAUCUGAGAAAGCAGAUUUCCUGCCGUCUACAGCUGUGGAGGAGGUACCCAAAGCUGGGGAGAUGGAGGAUAUAUUGGAAAUAAAGAAGAACCACUCACCCUUGCAUCAGCCCUACAGCUGUGACAGGGAUGGCUUGCUGAUGUCCCCAGGCCAACCUUGUGGGCUGGAGAAGGUUGAACCUGGACAGGAAGUCUAUGCUGAUGUGUCACCUUCCGCCAAUAGGAAAGACUCAACAAUAGGCCAUGGACUUGCUAUGCUCGGUCUAGAACAAGACUGUCAGGGAAAACUGUCCUGCCCAGGGGACAGUCUCCCACCACCUUCAAAGAACCCUCUCCAGCCAUCCCAAUUGGACCCAGAAACAUCCAUCUUUGCUAUUCUCUGUGACAAGGACCAAUCACCUACAAAUGGACAAAGGGCUUGUGGCCCAGAUCUGAAGAAGCAGAGUACAGAUCCUUCUCCAACCCCAGUGCCUGAGGAUGGGAAGUCUUGGGAGGAUGUGAGUUUGUCUACUCAAGGAGGAAAGGAGCCAUGGUCAGAACUUCCCUCCAAAGGCAGCCCAUGCGAUACUCCAAGUUCAUCACCCAAGGAUACAGUUCUGGGAGGGGCACCAUCAGAGAUGUCAGAACUGUCAACCCCAUUGGGACAAAAGUUGCCUGCACUAGGGAGGAUUGAGCAAGAGGGCACAGGCAGAAGCAGUCAGCCCUCGGAGAUCCUGCCUCCUACAGCAGACACCUCUCUUACAGGAAACUUGGGUGGAAAGGAUAGUUUCUUUAUUGGGCAGGGGCUGAACAAGUCCCAACAGGAGCUGGCUGAUACUUUGAAAACAGGCAGCCAGCGUGAAGAAGCACGUUGUGGGGACUUGGGCAUUUCUGAAGCCAGUGACGUACUGCCUCUGCCUCAGGGCUUGGAUAAGAUAGAGACAGCAAGUAGAAACAUAGUUGAGGCCCCGCCUUGUCCACCUGACUCAGUAGCUCUCCUGGAUACAGCACACUGUUCUCCAGACCCAGUGCCUACCAGUCCCAGGGUCACACCCACCCAGGAUGCCCUAGGGAGCGAGGCCUGUGAUGAGAGCCAGAAAGAGUCAGCCCCACAGCUGGAAAUGGAGCAGCUGGCCACCUUGGGUCCAGAAGAACAGAGUCCUCUUGGAAGUUUCCAGAGAGCAGAGGAACAAGAUGAUAAAGGUGGAUCUUCGGAGGUGAAUGUCAAUGCCAGCAAAGGAGACUCUGGGACGCAGCAGGCUUCAGAGGUACCAGACGCUGCUCUGUGUAGCGGCUUCUUUCAGACCGACCAGAGCCUCACCUCCACCCUGAAUGAGCCAUGCCAACUUGCACAGCUUGAGCCCAGCUGUGGGGAUGCCUUGCCGCCAGCUGGAGAAUCAGAUGGGAUUCCCAGAAGUACUGUGGAUGUUCUAACACACCACACUGUUUCAGGCCCACAGAGCCUUCUGCCAGCUGAAUCACCUGAAGAGAUUGUGCCUGCCACCCCUUACCUGCACAUCAGUGGUGCUGACAGGAAGUAUGCAGAAGGUGGUAGCAUGAGAGCUGUUUCCUCUGAGGACCCUGGAGCACCUCAUGAAAGCCCUGUAAAGGAAUCUCCACCUGCUUUGGAAAAUGACACCCCUGAAAAGAUACCUGCUGCCUCCUUCACCGCAGUCUCACAACCAGGAACCGCAGAUGGGGAAAUCUCAGCAGCGGAGGAUGGUAAUGGUAUCCCCCAAGCUGGAACCACUAAGGGACAUGUGAGUCUCAUGCCCUACCUGGACAGAAUGCCUCUCCUGGUCAGUGAUGAGCAGAAGGCAAGAGACAUGCAUGUGGCUGCCACUCCAGAAGCAAAUGCCAGGCCCUCUGAGACUGCAGCAUGCUGUGCUAGUGAGGAAGCAGCAGGAGAGACAGAGGGUAACAGGGAGAGGGAGGUAGAACUUACCUCAGAUUUGAGGGUUGUUACAUCAGGUAGUGAGGGCGCAGGCUCCAAGCAGACCAACAUGAUAGCGGGGCUACCUGACUUCAGGGAGCAUAUCACCAAGAUCUUUGAGCAGUCAGUGCUUGGAGCCCUGGCUGCCAAUCGGCCCCAUAGUAUGCCUAGUAAAAAGUCAGAAGUUCCAAGGAGUGUGCUGGUUGAGGGCCCCGAUGUCUCACUGAACACAGAAAAGUUUCUAGAUGGGGCUCAAGAAGUGGCUGCUGCCCCUCUCCCUGUACCUCCUGCAGGACUCCAGGUGGAGAAGAAGCAAGAGUCAGCUGUUGAGGCUGAGGUUUCUCAUCCAGUUCCCCAGGACCCAACACCAGAGAAGCUGGGGGGUCUGGCAGAGACAGCCUUGGAGGAGAGCACGCCAGGUGCCAGUGUUGAAGGAGAGGGGACUGGAGAACCUGGCCAGGGAGCUCCGGCUCACUCACAGCAGGCAAGAAGCAGGCAGGAGUUAGCAGUGGGCCUUCCCUCUUCUGCAGUUGUUCAGGGGGUACCAGCAGAAAGAGCUUCUGGCUUCCCUGUGGCUCCCCAGAGCCAUGGAGAUGUAGAUGAGGCUUCUGCUCAAGGUGACAAAAGCCAUUCUGUAGAAGAGCACCUGGAAACAUUGCCCAUCAACAGUCAACACAGAGAAGAUGGUGCCCAGGACCCUGCUCACACUAAGGGUCCAAGUAAUCUAUCAGGAUCCACCUGUGCCCCAAGUGACUCUCCUCAUGGAAGCGUUUUGAGCGUACCCAAAUCUAACAGUGAGCCCUGGAUCCCUUCCACACUUGGGGGUGAGAGACCAAUUGAAGCUGCUGUCAGUACUGCAGACAUGCAAAAUGUGCUGGGCAACCAGGAUGCCCCCAAAAUGUUGGCUGGAGAAGUGUUGGCUACUCCCCUGGAUCCUAGCAAAAUGGCAGGAGCUGCUGCGAAAGCAGAAGGUGAUGUCACACCAAGCAGGGCUGAGACCUGGGCAUGUGUGUCUGGUGACCUCCUUGAAACAGGUACUACAAGGAUGCUUCCCGGUGUGGCAGGUGACUCAGCACAGCCUGAGAGCUGUCAGGACUCAGGAUGCUCCAACAGGGCUCAAGCGAUGGAGGACACAGCCACCCAUCAAGGGGACAGCCAGGCCGGAUACCAGCAGGCCAAGGAACAGCUGGGCCCUCAGCUCCCUGCUCCUGUAGGGUAUGGGAAGACAAGUGUCUCUUCCCCUCCAGAGCCUGAUGAAAGCAAAGAUGAGAAGCUGCACCUCUUGGCUCCAGAAGAACUCCUCACUGACAGCAUCCCUGGAGCUGAUGAUGUCAUCCAGCCAGCUGCUCCUACAGACCUGGGACACCCACCCUUAGCUGACUCUUCCCAUCAUGGUGAUACUGUCAGCUCAGUCUCCACACAUCUGACAGUCCAGAGCACCUCCCCAUCUGCUGCCCAUGCUAGUCUUGCUCCUCUGGGCUCAGAACAUGCAGCCUCAGCUUCCUCCGCAGCUGGUCCUGGAGUAGAAGCCCUCACUGCCUCCAGCCAACACCUGGCCAAGAACAUAAACAGGAGUUCCGACUCUGAGGAAGCCUUUGAGACCCCCGAGUCAACAACCCCUGUCAAAGCUCCACCAGCCCCUCCCCCUCCACCCCCUGAAGUCACCCCAGAGCCUGAGGUCAUCGAUCCACCAGCCCCAGAAGAACCAGGAUGUAUUUCUGAGCCAGUUGUGGUUCCUGAUGGCCCUCGAAGCGAGUCUGUGGAAGGAAGCCCUUUCCGUCCUUCACACUCCUCCUCGGCAGUGUUCGAUGAAGACAAGCCGAUAGCCAGCAGUGGGACUUACAACUUAGACUUUGACAGCAUCGAGCUAGUGGAUAACUUUCAGAGCUUGGAACCAUGUUCUGCAGACUCUAAGGGUCAGGAGUGUAAGGUGAGCACACGGAGGAAAUCCACCGAGUCUGUGCCACCCUCCAAGUCCACGCUGUCCCGCUCGCUCAGCCUGCAAGCCAGCGACUUUGACGGUGCUUCUUGCCCCGGCAGCCCUGAAGCUGGGACCCUUGCCACAGAUGCCUGUGGCACAGGAUCCAACAGUGCUUCCAGCACCCUUAAGCGAACUAAAAAAACACGGCCACCUUCCUUAAAAAAGAAACAAGCCACCAAGAAACCCACAGAAACCCCCCCAGUAAAGGAGACCCAACAGGAGCCAGAUGAAGAGAGUCCAGUUCCCAGUGAGGAACACUUAGCCCCAGAGACAAAGACGGAGUCAGCCACACCUGAGGGCACUGGUUGCACAUUGUCAGAAGAGAGUCCACUGGAGUCCACUGCUGUACCCACAGCCACCUGUCCUCUGACUUUGGAGAGUACAGAAGACGUUAGCCCUCUGGUUUCUGGAGGUGGCAGAGUGCAGAACUCACCCCCUGUGGGGAGAAAAUCAGUGCCUCUUACCACAGCCUCUGAGGCAGUGGAGGUGACCCUGUCGGAUAGUGGGGGGCAAGAGGACUUGCCUGCCAAAGGGCUGUCAGUGAGGCUGGAGUUUGACUAUUCCGAGGACAAGGGAAGUUGGGAGAGUCAGCAGGAAAACGCCCCGCCCACCAAAAAGAUAGGCAAGAAGCCAGUUGCCAAAAUGCCCCUAAGGAGGCCAAAGAUGAAAAAGACCCCCGAGAAACUUGACAACACUCCUGCCUCACCACCAAGGUCCCCUACUGAACCCAGUGACACCCCAAUUGCUAAAGGUACCUACACCUUUGAUAUAGACAAGUGGGAUGACCCCAAUUUUAACCCUUUUUCCUCCACCUCAAAAAUGCAAGAGUCUCCCAAACUGUCCCAACAAUCAUACAGCUUUGACCCUGACGCCUGUGAAGAGUCCCUUGACCCCUUUAAGGCAUCCUCUAAGACCCCAAGCUCACCUUCUAAGUCCCCAGCCUCUUUCGAGAUCCCAGCCAGCACCAUUGAAGCAGACGGGGAUGGGUUGAAUAAGCCUGCCAAGAAGAAGAAGACUCCCCUGAAGACGAUGGUUGAAGAUGUGAUGUCUGUGUGUUCUCUGUUUGACACAUUUAGGGUGAAGAAGUCUCCAAAGCGGUCUCCUCUGUCUGAUCCACCUUCUCAGGACUCCACUCCAGCUGCCACGCCAGAAGCACCCCCAGCAAUCUCUACAGUGGUCCAUGCCACAGACGAGGAGAAGCUGGCUGUCACUAGCCAAAAGUGGACGUGUAUGACCGUGGACUUGGAUGCCGACAAACAGGACUUUCCUCAGCCCUCGGACCUGUCUAACUUUGUAAAUGAGACCAAAUUCAAUUCACCCUCAGAGGGUAAGCAACUCGGUGGCCAGCCAGACCCACACCUUGCCUUGGAGAAUACUGUCCCUAGGGGGCAAAGAGCCAGAAAAGAUACUUUCCAGCCAGAACUUGACUACAGAAACUCCUACGAAAUUGAAUACAUGGAAAAGCUUGGCUCCUCCUUACCUCAGGACGAUGAUGCUCCGAAGAAGCAGGCCUUGUACCUUAUGUUUGACACUCCUCAGGAGAGCCCCAUCAAGUCUCCUCCAGUCCGGAUGUCGGAAUCUCCAACUCCAUGUUCAGGGUCAAGUUUUGAGGACACUGAAGCCCUCGUGAAUGCAGCAACAAAGCUCCAGCAUCCUGUUCCAAGAGGUCUGGCCUCCAAUCAGGAGCCUCUCUUGCAGGUGCCGGAGAAAUCCUCCCAGAAGGAGCUGGAGGCCAUGGCCUUGGGCACCCCUGCAGAAGCAAUUGAAAUUACAGCUCCAGAGGGUGCCUUUGCCUCUGCAGAUGCCCUCCUCAGCAGGCUGGCCCAUCCUGCCUCUCUCUGUGGUGCACUUGGCUAUCUGGAGCCUGACUUAGCAGAAAAGAACCCCCCAGUAUUUGCCCAGAAACUUCAGGAGGAGUUAGAGUUUGCUGUCAUGCGGAUAGAAGCCCUGAAGCUGGCCAGGCAGAUCGCCCUGGCUUCCCGCAGCCGCCAGGACUCCAAGAGGGAAGCUGCUCACCCACCAGAUGUCUCCAUCUCCAAAACUGCCUUGUACUCCCGCAUCGGGCCCACCGAGGUAGAGAAACCCCCGGGCCUUCUGUUCCAGCAGCCAGACCUGGACUCUGCACUCCAAGUAGCCAGAGCAGAGGUCAUCGCCAAGGAAAGAGAAGUCUCAGAGUGGAGGGAUAAAUACGAAGAAAGCCGGCGGGAAGUGGUGGAAAUGAGGAAAAUCGUGGCUGAAUAUGAGAAGACCAUCGCGCAGAUGAUCGAGGACGAACAGAGAGAGAAAUCCAUCUCCCACCAAACUGUGCAGCAGCUGGUCCUGGAGAAAGAGCAAGCCCUGGCUGACCUGAACUCUGUGGAAAAGUCUCUGGCUGACCUCUUCAGGAGAUACGAGAAGAUGAAGGAGGUCCUGGAAGGUUUUCGAAAGAAUGAAGAGGUGCUGAAGAAAUGUGCUCAGGAGUACCUGUCCCGAGUGAAGAAAGAGGAACAGAGGUACCAGGCCCUGAAGGUGCACGCAGAAGAGAAACUGGACAGAGCCAAUGCAGAGAUUGCCCAAGUUCGAGGCAAGGCCCAGCAGGAGCAAGCAGCCUACCAGGCUAGCCUGAGGAAGGAGCAGCUUCGAGUGGACGCUCUAGAAAGAACGCUGGAGCAGAAGAAUAAAGAGAUAGAAGAACUCACCAAGAUUUGUGACGAACUGAUUGCCAAGAUGGGGAAAAGCUAACUCUGGACCAAGCACUUGGACUUGGCCGCUGCGUGCAAUACGACCCUCCGUCGGCACACUGUUCGUCCUUCCGACUCUGUGGACAGGUUCUCCUUUCACUUCCGUAUGCACUACUGUGUCCUCUUUCUAAACAAGGUUGGUUUGACCGUAUGCAGUGCCGAGACCUACCAGGAUUCCUUGCUAUCUGUUUGCAUUUUCUAGUAUAAUUCAUAGCAAGUUGACCUCGGAGUUCCUGUAUCAGGGAGAUUAUCAGAUUCUCUAAUAGAAUACACAUUGCUGACCUUGGCUUUGCCCUUUGGUGAGCGGCAUCUGAUGUGACGUGAACACAUGCAGCCUGCAUCGGGACUCUUGCCUUAAGGAGUGUACAAUUGAUCCACAUUUGCUGGUUUGAUUUUUUUAAAAAAGGAAUGCAUGUUUCAAAUAAAAUUCUCUAUUGUAAAUAAAUUUUUUUCUUUGGGUCUUGA